AUGUCAACGACAUCGGAACAUCCGCUUCAAGAAAAGGACUCUAGCGAGACGCCUUCACCCUCUACCCAAAGUGCCAAUUACGAGACCAAAAGCGUGGCUUCGCGACGGUCUCAAUCUAGUAAACAUUCUUCUGUUGUCUCAGAGGCACUGCGUGCCCGUGCCAACGCUGAGGCAAGUAAGGUAAGGUUAGAGUUCGCACGUAAAGAAGCCGAACUACAGAAACAAAGGGCUGCUCAGGAUGCCGAGCUUUUUGUAUUGGGAGCAGAAAGAGAUGCUGCUAUGGCCGAAGUACAAGUCUCGGUUUUUGAAGAAGGACUUGAAGACUUCGGGGAGUCUGUGAAGAGUGUGGAUUUAGUUCUUCCACAAAAGGACUCUAGGGAACGUGUGGAAGAAUUUUUGUUAUCUUGUGAUGCAAUUAAGAAUGUAGAUGGUAAUGUUCAAGCAAAUAUUAACAAAAUCUCCCACAAGACACACCCUAUUUCCUCCCAACAUCCCGAAGAAAUGGUAAUGGAUCAAGAAGGUGAAAUGCAAACAGAAUGUAAUACAUCCCCUAAUGUUGUUCCUACUUGCUCCCCUCUGCCUCUUGAAAUGGAAAAUGGUCAAAAGGGAUCAAAGGUUGUAGAUAAUGCCUCUAAUGUAGUUCUUACUACUCCUUCACAUGUAGAAACUGUAGUUGGAAUUUCUGAUUUAAGUAACAUGUUGCUGAAGAAAGAAUUGAUAACUAGUGGCUUGAGAAAAUUUAAUGAUCAUGCAUUUAGUUACAGGUCUUGGAAAGCCUCUCUCAAACAAGUAACCACAGAGCUUAAGUUGAAGCCCUUUCAAGAGAUGGAUUUGAUAAUUAGGUGGUUGGGCAAGGAGUCUUCCCAGUUGGUCUCAGCUAUCUAUGACAUACAUGUUGAUAAGCCAAAGAUUGGUCUUGAUAGAAUGUGGGAACUCUUAGACAGGAAGUAUGGGUCCCCAGAGGCAAUUGAACAGGAUCUUCAUCAAAGGAUUGAAGACUUUCCCAAACUAACACAAAAGGACUAUGAAAAGCUAGAGCAGUAUGGUCAUUUGCUCUUAGAGAUUGAGUAUGCCAAAGAUAAUGGAAAUUUCCCAGGGUUGUUGCAUUUGGACUCGGCAAGAGGGUUACAUGGAUUGGUCCAGAAGCUGCCACAUAGCCUCCAAGAGAGAUGGGUAAUGGAGGGCUCUCGGUACAAGGAGAGGAACCAUGUGACCUUCCCGCCUUUCAAGGUCUUCAGCGAGUUUGUCCGCUAUCAGGCAAAGAUUCGGAAUGACCCUAGCUUCAUAAUGCCUCGUGACACAAAGCAACAGGAUGUUACAAGAAGAAUGGUCAGUGUCAGAGCUACGGAUGUAAAGACUGUUAGUUCUACAGCAUCAAAGGUCUUUUGCCCCAUUCACAAGAAGAAUCACUCAAUCUUAGAGUGCAAGGCAUUUCUUGCGAAAACAGUUCCUGACAAGAAGACUGUCCUCAAACAAUACCAACUUUGUUAUAGGUGCUGUUUUCCAGGACACGCAGCACGAGAGUGUAAAGCUGAGGUUAAAUGCGACUCGUGUGGUAGCCAACGCCACCAAACAAUUCUACACUAUGAGUAUCGCAAUGACUCACCAAAGAGUUCGCAGAAAGCUGUAGACACCCCUCCAUCCCAAAUUACCAAUGCAUGCUCCAAAGUGCAGGGUACAAGAUGCAUCGGUAGCAGAUCUUGUGCGAAGAUUGUUCCUGUCUUCGUCAGGUCAAAGAGGGAUCAGAAGGUUGUCAAGACGUACGCCAUCAUAGAUGAUCAAAGCAACAAGACCAUAGCUACAUCGCAACUUUUAGACAAGUUUGAUAUUGACUAUGGUAGGGUAAGUUACACUCUACGCACUUGCAGUGGAGAAGUGUCAGCUCAAGGAAGGUAUGCUGAUGAAUUUGUGGUAGAGGAUCUAAAUGGCACUGUCUGUUUGAGUUUGCCAACGGUCACUGAGUGUGCUUACAUCCCUGAUUUCAAAGAUGAUAUUCCAACACCUGAGAUAGUUCAAGCAUAUGAUCAUCUAAAAGGCAUUGAGAUUCCAGAGAUUGAUCAUGAAUGCACAGCAACUCUUUUGAUAGGAAGGGACGUGAUGGAAGCACACCAUGUCCUAGAUCAAAGGAUUGGGCCUCCUAACUCGCCGUUCGCACAAAGGCUGAAGCUUGGCUGGGUUAUCAUUGGUGACGUAUGCCUUCAAGGGAUUCAUCGGAGUGACAAGCACUCGAAUAGGAUUUCCCUGUUGCGUACUCAGGUGCUCUCUACAGGACGGCCUACAUACCUGGAACCCUGUCCAAAUGAGUUCCAAAUGAAACACUUGUUUGACAAUGAGGACGAUACCAUGAGUCUGGCUAUAGAGGAGCAACGGUUUGUAGAUCUUAUGGUGGAAGAGGCAGGCCUAAAGAAUGGAAAAUGGACAGCUCCGUUGCCCUUCAAGCAGCCGAGAGAUCGUCUGCCUAACAAUCGUCAACAAGCUUUCAAAAGAGCGCAGAUUCUCAAAGCGAGCAUGGAAAAGAAUCACCUCAAAAGAGAGCACAUGACCACAUUCAUGGCAAAGGUCUUAUCUGAAGGCCACGCGGAGGUGGCUCCCUCUCUGCAAGAAAACGAAGAGUGCUGGUACCUGCCAAUGUUUGGGGUGUAUCACCCAAGAAAGAAAGACAAAAUCAGAGGCGUCUUUGAUUCUUCGGCGGAGUUCAUGGGACACUCUUUGAACAAGGUUCUGUUGAAAGGUCCAGACCUUACCAACGAUUUGGUUGGGGUGUUGAUGAGGUUUCGGCAAGGACCGGUUGCAGUCUGCGGGGACAUUGAGUCGAUGUUCUACUGUUUUUCAGUAUCCGAAGAACACAGGAAUUUUCUCAGAUUCUUCUGGCACGAAGACAAUGAUUUUGCCAAACCCCUCACGGAGUAUCGUAUGCUGAAGCAUGUGUUUGGCAACACUCCAUCUCCAGCUGUAGCGAAUUAUGGUCUGAGGGACCUAACCAGUGACGCUGAACCAGACGUUAGGGACUUUGUUCACAACAAUUUCUAUGUGGAUGAUGGACUCGCUGCAUGUGAUGACAGCAACACAGCUGUUUCACUCAUGGAACGAACACGAGCCAAGCUAAAGGAGAAAGCUGGUAUUCGCCUGCACAAAAUUGCAUCCAACUCUCAAGUAGUACUCGAUGCCUUUGAGCCAGAGGAGGUUCAGAAGGAUAUUAGGAACCUCACGCUGAGUGAUGGGGCCCCUACACAAAGGAGUUUGGGUGUUCAGUGGAAUUUGAAGGACGACACCUUCAUUUUCCAAAUCGAGUUAGCGGCAAGACCCUACACAAAACGAGGAGUUCUGUCUAUGAUCAAUGGCGUGUUUGAUCCUCUGGGUUUCCUUGCCCCGGUCAUGGUACAAGCAAGAGUCCUGUUCAGAGAAAUGACUACUCACCAGGUGGAUUGGGAUGACAAGCUCCCUGAAAUGUACAAGUCCGUCUGGGAGUCUUGGACCUCUGGGCUAUCUGAGCUGCAAUCAGUGUCAGUUCCUCGCAACUACCCCAUCUGCCUAGAGAAUGGUGUCUUGAAUGUCUAUUGUGAUGCAUCCGAAGUCGCGGUUGCUGCCGUCGCAUACUUGAUAGAUGUGGACCAAGAGAAACCCAGUGCGAGUUUUGUCUUUGGAAAGUCGAAGCUAGCUCCAAGAUUAGGUCACACCAUACCAAGACUGGAGCUCUGCGCUGCAGUCUUAGGAACAGAAAUAGCCAGAAUUGUGUGUAGAGAGUUGAAUAUUCAGGCUUCGACUGUGGUUUUUCACUCCGACAGUAGGAUUGUUCUUGGGUAUUUGAAUAACACAGUCAGAAGAUUCCAUACCUAUAUAGCGAACCGGGUUCACAAGGUUCUUAGUUUCUCCCAACCCUCACAAUGGAGGUAUGUGCCUACAUCCAAUAACCCUGCUGACUUUGGUACCCGUCCGGUUUCAGCUCGGUCUCUGAAAGACUCUCCAUGGCUUAUUGGUCCGCAGAAGCCAGCUACUCAAGAAGUAGAGGAUCCUGUAUCGGAAUUCCCACUGGUAGAUCCCGACCGAGAUGAAGAAAUAAGACAUGAUGUGAAAAUCCAGGUCACAAAAACCAAUUUGGAGUUGCGAAGACUUGUUUCACGGUUUGAAAAGUUCUCAACAUGGAACAGCCUAGUUAGAGCUUUCGGUCUACUUGUACACAUUGCUUGUUCGUUCAGCUCUAGGAGCGGCAACGGUCGGUGCCAUGGCUGGCACGUUUGUGGUGCUACAGACGUAGAGCUCGUACGUCGUGUCAAGACAAUGAUAGUGAAGGAAGUACAGGAGCAGUUCUUUCACGAAGAAUAUGAAUGUCUCAGAGAGGGUGUGCCUCUACCCUCUAACUCCACUAUCCGGGACUUAUCACCCAUCUUGAAUCAAGACGGUUUGAUAUGCUGGUGA